AAUAUGAAUAGUUUAGGAUGGGCUUUAAUAGUGAAACGUGGUUGCUUUUGCUCCAAAGAAACGCUAACAAUUAACGGGACCAAAUACACAAUUAAGGAUCGACUGGCUCAAGGUGGUUUCAGUUUAAUUGACCUGGCCGAAAAUAAUAUUACACGGAAAUUGUAUGCCGUCAAGCGGAUCACCUGCCACAGCAUCGAUGAUCAGAAUAUAGCUUUAAGAGAAAUUGAAAACUGCCGUCGCAUCGACUCGGAAAAUGUCAUAAAAGUUAUUGACUAUGAGCUUAAGGGCUCAGCGGAUAUUGUGAUAAAUACAACGAGUACCCUGUAUAUUGUGCUGCCAUAUUAUAAACAUGGUUCGUUGCACGACCACCUACAGAUGCGUGCAAAACGGCAAGACUUUAUGCCCGAAUCGCAAAUUAUGCAAAUAUUCUUGGGCAUAUGUGAAGGUUUGAGGGCUAUACAUGAAUCGAAACCAGUUCCAUUGGCACAUCGUGACCUGAAAACAGCAAAUAUUUGUUUGUCGGAUUCGUUUGAACCGAUUAUUGUUGAUUUGGGUUCAAUGACAGAGGCCCGUCUGCAAAUAUGCGGACAAAGUGAAGCGCAGCGUUUGCAAGACGAGGCCGAGGAACGUAGUUCAAUUGUCUAUCGAGCUCCUGAAUUGUUUUCCGUUAAAUCGUAUUGUACGGUAGAUGAAAGAACAGAUAUAUGGAGUCUUGGUUGUGUCCUAUACGCCAUGUGCUUUUUCCACUGUCCCUUUGAUCCGAUUUAUGAAAAAGGUGACAGUGUGGCCCUAGCAGUUCUAAGUGGCAACAUAAAUAUUCCGGAAAAUUCAAUAUAUUCACAGGACCUGCACGACCUUAUUAAUUAUAUGCUGCGAAUGGACCCCAUGGAAAGACCUUUUAUAUAUAGUGUGAUUGAAAAAUGUCAUGAUCUUAUACAGAAACUUGAAGGACGUGUCUAGCACAUUCCAGAGCA